AUGGGAUGUUCCACAUCGAAAUUAGACGACGAGGAAGCUGUCCGGCUCUGCAAGGAUCGGAAAAAGUUCAUCCGGCAAGCAGUGGAGCACCGGACCAAAUUCGCUUCGGGACACAUGGCAUACAUCCAGGCCAUGAGACGUGUCUCGGUUGCCCUCCGUGAGUACUUAAAUGGUGAUAGUCCUCGUGACUUCUUUCUUGACCCGUUCACGACCCCACCAAAGAAAACGGGCCCCGGCUUCAUCUCCAUAACAACGCCCGACUCUUUCUCGGUGACCUCUUGCAAAAUAAACUACUUCCGUUCAGGUGGGAACAACUCAUCUGUCUCGUUCGAGGAGAGGCCGCCUCGGUCUCCCGACACCUACCGAGUCGAGUCCUAUACACAUUACGGGACGGAGGGUCUGUUUGGCGUGCAGACGAACCCGAUGGGCUCAUCGUUUUUCGAAUAUUCGCCUAAUAAUGGACCUAAUUACUAUCCUCCUGCUCCUCCGCAGCAUUCUCCCCGGGCCUCGUCUUCUCAGUGGGAGUUCUUUUGGAACCCUUUCUCAUCUCUGGAUUAUUACGGCUACCCCACCACGACCGGACUUGAUCAGUCGAUGAUGUUGGAUGACGAGAGUGACGGGAUAAGGCAAGUACGUGAGGAAGAAGGCAUACCCGAUUUGGAAGAGGAGACGGAGCACGAAGAAGAAAUUGAUGAUUGUGCGAAUCAUAGAGAAAAUUGUACAGAAAAUAAAUUUGAUAUAAACCAUGUUGUUGUCGAGGAUGCUAGUGACAGCAGUGAUGAUAAGACAGACGGUAAAGAUGAAAUGGAGUGUGGUGAUUGUGUACAGGAGGUUGCACCACAAGAGAACGAAAUAAGAGAAGUGGAAAGAGCUAAGAGUGUGGGCCAGGUGAGCAAAAAGGAGACAGUGGUUGCGAAUUGUGAGUCGAAAGAAGAAAAACCGACACCUGGAUUCACAGUGUAUGUGAAUAAAAGGCCGACAAGCAUGAUGGAGGUUGUGAAGGAUCUCGAGGAUCAGUUCACGGCGGCUUGUGAUGCAGCCAUGGAGAUGUCGUCGAUUUUGGAAGCCAGCAGGGCACAAUACUCGUCGUCAUCGAAUGAUCUGUCACCAAUGAAGAUGCUGAAUCCAGUGGCACUAUUUAGGUCGGGUUCGUCUCGGUCAUCAUCAUCACGAUUUAUGGUCAGUGCUUCAACUUCAAGAGAUGAAAGCUACGAAAGCAGCAGCAGCGACUUCUCUGAGGAGUCCUUGUUUUCACGGAGUCACCAGUCGACCCUCGACAGAUUAUACGCUUGGGAAAAGAAACUCUACCAAGAAGUUAGGGCGGGUGAGCGUGUCCGAAUAGCAUACGAGAAGAAAUGCGCGCAACUGAGGAACCAAGAUGUGAAAGGGAUGGACCCUUCUUUUGUGGAUAAAACGAGGGCUGCCAUAAGGGAUCUGAACACUCAGAUAAAAGUUUCGAUACACUCGGUCGAAGCUAUCUCGAGGCGAAUCGAGACUUUAAGGGACGAGGAGCUCGAGCCCCAGCUACUAGAAUUGGUGCAAGGGCUGGCUCGAAUGUGGAAGGCCAUGGCAGAAUGCCACCAGCUCCAGAAACGAACCCUUGACGAGGCCAAGAUCCUUCUCGCCGGGACACACUCGAAGCCCGCGGGCCCAUGGAAGGAGUACAACAACACGAUCGUGUCCCCGUCCGGUCAGCAAAGGCUGGCCCGGUCGGCAGCCAGCCUGGAGGUGGAGCUCCGGAACUGGCGGGCGUGCUUCGACUCGUGGAUCGUGGCCCAGCGAUCGUACGCGCAGGCCCUGAGGGGUUGGCUCGUGAGGUGCCUCGGCGGAAACGGGGCCCGCCGACCGGCGGUGUUGGAGGGGUGCGAGGGGUGGUGGGGGGUGGUGGAGGCGGGGCGGGAAGGGCAGGUUUUGGACGGGAUGGAUUUUUUCGCGGCUGGUGUGGGGUCAUUGGUGCAUGAGAAGGGAAAUAAUAUGGAGAGGAGGGAGUCGUCGGGAAUGGAGGUGGUGGGGCCCGCAGAGGCUGCCAAGGAGGAGGAGAUUGGGAUGAGGGUGGUGUGUGCGGGGAUGUCGGUGGCGGUGAGUGCGGUGGCAGAGUAUGCGAUGGGAUCGGCGGAAGGGUAUGGAGAGGUGGUGAGGGAGUGGAAGAGGAGUUUGCAGGAGAGUGUUGGUGGUGUGGAAGAGAAGUAG